UCUCAUUUUCUGGAUACAGCUCCAUUCCCAUUCCCCCAUUAUUUUUUUCUCUUCAAAUAAAUAUAUAGGGGAGGGGGGAGCGUCCAGGAAAAAAAGAAUAAGAAGCCCCAAAUAUGGAAGAGGAGAUGGCGGACAUACAAAUUACUCAGCUCGAAACUGCCGCCAUCUUCAUGAAAACUAAUCUUCCUGUAACUCUCAAGUUUGAGAAUGUUGUGUACAAGAUUAAACCUAAGAAAGAAGGGUUAUUCAAUAGUUCCUCUAAACCGGAAGAAGAGAAAAUAAUCUUGAAGGGGAUAACGGGAAUAGUUUUCCCUGGUGAAAUGCUGGCCAUGUUAGGGCCUUCGGGCAGUGGUAAAACAACUCUACUAACCGGACUAGGAGGCCGGUUGAGUGGCCGUCUUGCUGGCAGUAUAACUUAUAAUGGAAAGCCCUUCACCAACGCCAUGAAGUGUUACACUGGAUUUGUUACCCAAGAUGACAUUCUUUACCCUCACCUUACCGUGACUGAGACACUUGUAUUUACUGCCCUUCUUCGCUUGCCUAAAACAUUAUCACACCAGGAAAAAGUUGCGCAUGCCGAAGCUGUAAUAUCUCAAUUGGGAUUAACAAAAUGCAAGGAUAGUAUUAUUGGAGGUCCGUUAUUGAGAGGAAUUUCUGGAGGGGAGCGGAAAAGGGUCAGUAUCGGGCAAGAAAUGCUCAUUAAUCCAAGUUUGCUUUUUUUGGAUGAACCAACAUCAGGCCUUGAUUCAACUACAGCUCAAAAGAUUGUGUCGACUUUGUGGGAGCUAGUGAAGGGCGGGAGGACUAUUGUGAUGACAAUACACCAGCCUUCAAGUAGGCUAUUUUACAUGUUCCACAAAGUGUUGUUAUUAUCAGAAGGAAAUCCAUUGUACUUUGGGAGAGGCGAAGAUGCCAUGGGAUAUUUUUCGAGUAUUGGAUUUCCCCCCUUAGUCGCAAUGAAUCCCUCCGACUUCUUGUUAGAUCUUGCAAAUGGUGUGUUAGAUGAUCCACAAGAAGAUCAAGCAUCAAUCAAGCAAACUUUAGUAACUGCUUUCAAAACCAAUCUGUUUGAUAGCGUGAAGGAAGAAUUGCGAAAAUUUGAUGAUCAACAAGUUCAUGAAAAAUUACAUAAAGGGAAAUUCAGUCAAUGGUCAAACACCUGGUGGCAGCAAUUUUCGGUAUUGUUUAGAAGAGGAAUGAAAGAACGAAAACAUGAGUCGUUCUCAGGCCUCAAGAUUGGACAGGUCUUAGUGGUAGCUUUCUUAUGUGGGUUAUUGUGGUGGCAAUCCAAAGACAUACAAGAUCAGAUUGGGCUUAUGUUCUUCUACUCUGGAUUUUGGGGCUUCUAUCCUCUCUUCCAAGCCAUUUUUACUUUCCCCCAAGAAAGGAUGAUGCUAGAGAAGGAAAGAUCUUCAGGCAUGUACAGACUCUCUUCAUACUUCAUGUCAAGAACUGUCGGUGACCUUCCCAUGGAGCUUGUUCUUCCUACUAUUUUUGUUAUCAUAACAUACUGGAUGGCAGGCCUAAAACCAUUCGCACCGAAUUUCUUCUCUACCUUAUUCACUCUCCUGUUUAGUGUAUUAGUCUCACAAGGCCUUGGACUUGCUCUUGGUGCAUUGGUUAUGGACCAAAAAUCAGCUACUAUACUUGGUUCAGUAAUCAUGUUAUCGUUCACAUUAGCGGGAGGAUAUUACGUUCACCAUGUUCCUAGCUUCAUUGCCUGGAUCAAAUACAUAUCGAUUAGCCAGUACACAUUCAAGUUGUUGAUAGGGUCACAGUUUGAGCCAGGGGAAACAUAUCCUUGUGGCAUAAAUACAACUUGUUAUGUUGAAGAUUUUCCUGCAAUAAAGUCAGUAGGGCUUGGAGAUAAAGCGAUAUCAGUGGUUGCAUUGGCUAUAAUGCUUGUGGCUUACAGGUUGCUAGCAUAUGUUGCUCUUAUGAGGAUUGGUGUGACAAAGAAAUAGAUACUACUAUUAAUUUUGCUUCACAUAUACUACAGCACAUGCCGGAAGUCCAACAUUCUAUUGCAGAGUCAACAUAUUAUACUUCGGUACAAGUCAGACAGGCCUAAAGAUACUAUUGAAAAAUUGCAUGCUGAUGAGGAGUAAAGCGAGAGUUUAGUGGGUAUCAUCGAGCGUUCCAGUUGUAAUAUUGAUUUGUCUAAAUAUAAAUUUUGAGGCAUUAAAAUUUUGUAUGGAUGUUUUGUUUUCUAUCUCAAUAUGAUUGUAGUGAUGACAUCGUUUGAGCAUCUA